GGAGGAUUAAAAAACUGUUCGAUAUUUAUGGCUACUGGCAAAGUCCGGACAAGUAGUUUCUCAAAGAACUUUUCAGCUGCACCUACCUCUUCUGUCCCUGGUCUCAAGUAUGGACCAAAUGGAACAAUCUUUCUUUCAUCAGGCAUACCGGAUCUUGAUAAGAUUUUAGGUGGGGGAUUCCAUUUAGGAAGUCUGGUAAUGAUCAUGGAAGACACUGAAGCACCUCAUCAUAUGCUUUUGUUAAGGACUUUCAUGUCUUAGUGACUAGUACACAACCAACCUGUUCUUUAUGCAAGCCCAAUCAAAAACCCUAGACCCUUUCUUGGAACCUGGCCAAUUACUUUAGUCCCCAAAGAUGACAAAUCUCGUAACACUGAUGCAGAACAUAAGGAUUUGCGGAUUGCUUGGCAAUAUAAGAAGUACCUUGGGGAAAAUAAGCAACAUAACGAGGAUAUAAAAAGUAAACAUCUUUUGUGUUGUGAUAAUGUGAUGCAAAUGGGAAACCGUGUGGAGUGUUUUAGCCUUUUAGAUUGUUCAAAUCUUGAUGGAUUCCGAGAUAGUUGUUCAAAGUUCAUAUCUCAAUUUCCAAAGUAUGAUGGAAAUAUCACAAGUGUAGGAAGAAUUGCUAUCCAAUCAUUUUGA